CUCCAUUUUGUCUGACGUCGUUUCACCGCGUUGUUCCGUCCAGAAGCUCAAACAGUGUUUAAGGCUCCAGUGAGGAUUACAGACCCGUGCACAAUGAUGAAAAUGUCCAUUUUGAAGAUUGAGAACCCGUCCUGCCUCUGGGGUCGGGUCGUCCGGGGUCUCGGUGGCGACGCGGUGACGGCAGAACAGUACGACAGUCUGCUGGCUCAGAUGAACCUCUUCUACCACGACGUCACUCAGGACCUACGCAAGCUGAAGCCCGAGUCACUGGAAGAGGGACAGGUGUGUGUGGUGUACUGGUCAGUGAUGAAGUCGUGGUGUCGGGCUGUGGUGGAGUCGGUCAUCGUGGACUCGGUGUCCCGUAAGGCUCGCUGCUUCCUGGUCGACUAUGGAGAGCGACUCGUCGUCCCCUCGGACCAGAUCCGAGUCGCUGUGCAGAACUUCCUCCGGCUGCCUUUCUGGGUGAGGAGGUUCCACCUGGCGGGAAUCAAACCCACAACCUUGCGAGUGUCCAUCUAUGAGGAGAAGGCAGAGCUCAUUCCGUCCACUCACUGGGACAGCUCCGCUACGCUCUACCUGCACAACCUGCUGCAAGCAUCGACUCAGACAGAAGCCGUGCUGCUCGAAUCCGAGUCGGACUCCACCUCCAUUGAGCUCUAUGUGACUGUGGGGAACAUCAAGAUCUGCACGAAUGACGACCUGGUGGCCAAGAACAUGGCGUUCUACAUCAGAGAUUUAGCCGACGGCGGCGGUCAGGAGGAGCUGGACAAAUUGCCCGUCAUGUUGUCCUCCAGGAUCUUAACCCAGACCGUCUUCCCGACCUCGAACAAGCCGACAGCACAAACCCAACCACCACCCGUGAUGUCACAUGGUCUGGCUGCAGCCGGAGCCAGCGAUUGGCCGACGGCUCCCUCGACACCUCAGAGCCGACAACAUGAGCCGAAGACCUCUGAGGAAGGCAGCAGGUCAAAGGUCGCAGAAGACCAGUCGAAGAAGGGCUCGGUCACUGCAGAGAGUGACUCCUCAGAGGACACAGACUCGUCUCUCGCUGCAGCUCUGACCAAAAACCUCAGUCUGUUCAGGUUCCUGAAGUUUCUGAAUCCUGGUAGCAGCUGCCAGCCGGCGGCUCCCGGUGCGAGUAAUGAACAUUACCUGCUCAGUCAACAGGAAGAGCUAAAAGACUGUGGAGCUGAAGAGACGACUGCAGCCUCCAGCACAGGACAGGAAGUAUUAAUCCCUUCAUACAACAGUGAACCUGGAACGCAGCACAAUCAAGCAUUGCUCAGUAUGAGUGGACAAAGUGGAGCUGAGGGUCUCGGUGAGAGCAGUCAGGUUGAAUGUCCGGCAGAUGAAAACACAAGCAGUUCGAGUACAUCAGAGUCUGGACCGGCAGAGGCAGAGAGGACGUGCAGGAGUGAAGAGGACUGGGCCUGUGCACGCCUCUUGGAGUGGUUGAACCCGGAGCCCCAGAACCUGGAUCCAGACGCAGGCGCUGCAGACAACGUGGUUCUUCCCAGUGAUCCCAGAGGGAGUGGGAUUCUGGUGCACUCUGCCCUCCCUGUGGAGCCCUACACCAACCUGGAUGACGCCCCCAUCACAGAUGCUCUCCGCUGGGUGUUGCGGAGGAAGAGGAACAACGCUCCGUCUCCAGCCGACCGCUACAGCUGGCCAGCUGUGGCUCUAGGAUGCAACACCGUCGUCGUCUCCCCCAACGCCGACCAACCACUCAGCUACCUCGCCCCGCUCCUCACCCACAUCCUGCUCAACUCCAUCUUCACCCCCCUCACCUCCAGUGCAGGGCCCUUAGCGGUGCUGCUGUGUCCGGGCUGGGAGAAGGUCCAGGCGGUGUACGACCUGCUGGAGGAGCUGAAGGUCGUCCCGGCCCUUCACCCGGCCGUCGUGCUGCUGGGCAUCCACAAAGAUGAGGCCAAGGCUGUCAGGAUCCCCAAAAACUGCCUGCUAGUGGUGACCACUCCCUUCAGUUUGGUCCGUCUGCUGUCCUGCCACUGCUUCCUGUUCCUGCGUCUGUGCCACCUGGUGCUGGACGAGGCCGACCAGCUCUUCACUCACGCUCCGGACCAGAUGCUGACCAUCUUGCAGCAUUUCCAGAAGGUGACCUCCAGCGAGGAGAUGGCUUCCUGUCCUCAGCAGCUCAUCGCUGUGGCAAAAAGAUGGACCAGUAACAUGGAUGGUUUGUUAGCCAACUACAUGCCGUACCCGUCCAUUGUCAUCAGUGUCCCGGAGGAAGCUGCUCUCUAUGGGAACGUUCAGCAGAUCAUCCUAAUGACCCUGGAGAGCAGUAAGACCUCAGUACUGCUGGGUGUGUUAGAUUUCAACCCCAACGUCGGCCAGAAGACUCUGAUCGUAACCGACUCUUCUCAGGAGGUGGAAGACGUGUACCAGGCUGUGAGCAACAAAUCAGCAUUCUGCCUGAAGACCCACGAGGGGUUAACUCACAAGUUUGACUUUGUCAUCCAGCAGUGGAGGAAGGACAUCGGCCCCGGCACUCAUGUUAUUCUGGUGAUCACCAACGAGUGUCUGAAGUGUCUGGGAAUCAGAGAUGCGACUUGUGUCGUUCACUACGGCUUCCCCACCUCUCCCAAAGUAUUCGGCGGCCGACUCUUCUGCAUGGCUGAGAACUUCAGAAACCUUUCUGAACGAGUUCCCUCCCAGGAUCAAGCAGAGAGCUGUCCUCAUCCCACCAGGUCGGUGCUGCUCAUCUCCGACAGGAACGCCCGUCAUAUAGUCGGGGUUCUGCGGUAUCUGGUGCGAGCCAACACCCUGCUGCCCCCCGAGCUGCUGUCCUUCGCCCAGGGCAUCCAUGUGGCCCGGGAGGACCAGAAGACCCACCGGCCUCUCUGCAGCUACCUGAAGAGCUUUGGAGUCUGUAGAGACAGCAGUGUGUGUCCCGACCGUCACAGAUUCAUUUCCCACCUGGAUCAGUCUCUGCUUCCGGCCACGGGAGUCAUAGAAGUUGUGCCUCUCUACAUUAAGACAGCGUCAGUGUUCUACGGUCGUAUUGUCAGGAAGGAGGACGAAGGUUUCCAGAGUAUGGCGUCUGAGAUGAAUUCUUUCUAUGCCGACAAGAAACCCGGAGCCACCGAGGUGCUGGAGGGAGGCUUAUACGCUGUACAGGAGGAUGAGGUCUUCCACAGGGUGAAGAUCCUGUCUGUCCCAGACCGAGGUGAUCGCCUGUUUUUCAGCGUCCUGGUUCGGUUUAUUGACGUGGGAAAGGAGGAGGAGGUCAAAUCCCAUCAGAUCCUCCAGCUCCCGGAGAAGUUCCACGCUCUGCCCGGGCAGGCCGUGGAGAUCAUCGUCUGCCGGGUCAAACCGGCCGACUCUGAGACCGACUGGCACCCCAAGGUCACCAGAGCGAUGAGCCAGAAGAUCCGAGGUCUGCAGCACCGAGCCAGAGCGGUUUUCAGUCUGGGAAACACCGUUUUUGUUGAUCCAAUGGUCCGUGUGACCCAGGUGCCAGGUAUGAAAACUGUGAUCAAUGAAUACAUCGUGCAGUCAGAGAUCCUGAACACGGGGAUGGGAGUCAGCAACCCGGAGCAUCUGGACCGGCUGAGGACGCUCUACCAGGAGUGCAACAUGGGCAGCGACAAGGAGGCGGGUCUUCUUUCUGGGUCGGUGGACAGUCCGGUGUCUCAGGAGGUCAGGAUCAGAGCUGAGGAGGAAGUUCUGGCUGAAGCCUGCAGAGCGGCCAAGGUCAGUCGGCUCGCUGACCCCCCUCACCUCGAGCCACGUGAGACUCUUAUUCCAGUAUCUUCAGUGAUCAAGUCCCUGUCCCCGGCACCAGCACCAGCACCACCUGCAGCUGAACCCCACCCGGACCCAGUGUGUGAUCAGAAAUCCCUCUCAGAUAGUCAGAGAAACACCCACACGGCUGAUCUGACGUCAGCCGAGCAGAUGAUGAGGAACGGAGAUGAAGGAGAAGUUUGCCCGACGACCAGCGAGGCUGCUGCUCUCAACCCCUGUGAUGGCGUGCCUGCAGGUGACGAUCAGAGCAACAGCCCACAGCUCAUCAGCACUAACGAGACAGACUGCAGUUACUCUGUAAAAAGUUUGCACCCUCAGGUCCGCUGGUACGAGACGUCCGACUCUGUGAUCGUAUCGGUGAAGCUGACGAACCCGGAGAGUCAGCACUGUGAUUUCUACCCCGACAGAGUCGUUUACAGUGGCAGAGUGAACGGUCGGAUCUACAGAGCCAACCUGGAUCUUCGAGCUAACGUCGUUGUGGACCGCUGCCGCUGGGACAUGAAGUCCAACGAGCCGGUCCUCAAACUGGUCAAACAACGGCAGGGAUACUGGGAGAGACUCCUCAGGAACAAGAAUAUUUUUGUGAGUUACGACAUGGAUCACAUUGAAGACGAUGAAGAUAAAACCCCAAAUGGUCUGUGGUUUGAGGGGAACACAGGAGAGGAUAACUGGUACGUGAACUCAGAGAGCGGCAGCGACAGCGACUGAAGAUGAAAGACAAACGCUAAGAGACAAAAAAACUUAUUUUCUAUGUUUUUCCCCCCGACGCUCCCAACGUCUGUUAUCAUCACACACAUACUAUCAUCAGUUGUAUUGCUGCGGUGACCUUUGACCUCCUUAAUAUUCAGGCUGGUGCAAUUAUGGAUCCGGGAAUAGAAACCUCUGCAGUCGAUUUAAUGAACUAUUAAUCUUUUAGGUUGAAAGAGUUUAACCCCAACCAGUUUGAUUCACACUUUAUUUUCAAUAUGACGACUUCAGUUUCACGUCACUUAAAAGUUCAGCCAAAAACUUUAGUCAGAAUCUGCUCACCUUCAGUAUCCCGAUACAAACAGACCGACCCGGCUCGUACAAUCUCCACCGCGCCUUAAUGUACCUGGACACUGUGGUAUACACCGAUCAGCCAUAACAUUAUGAGCCCUGGACUCCCUGACUGGUCUCAGACCAACAGCCUGCUCUGCACUGUGUGUUCUGACCCCUUUCUAUCAGAACCAGCAUCAACUGACAGGAGCCCUGAUAACCAGAUAAUCAGUGUUAUUCACUUCACCUGUAAGUGAAUGAUUUCCAACAAGUAAUCAAUAUCAGGUUCAGUUUCUCAUGUUUAUAACAAACCAAAUUUCAUCAAAAUGGUUUCAGUAUUAAACGAGUUACAGUAGAUUUAGUAUAGUUAUUGUUAUUAUCUCAGUAUUGUUCACUUCACAAUAUGGCGGAGAAUGCUGUAUCUGUUUCUAUAUCUAUGGUCCUACGUUAAUAAUGGACAAACUGCGGGGGGGCAUGCAGCAAAGGGCUGCAGGUUGGAAUCGAACCCGGGCCGCUGCGGUAAGGACUCGCUCUCCCAACUGAGCUACCAUACGCCCCGACAAAUAGAAAUGUAAACAUUUACAAUCCCAUAACAAGUCCAUCUGCUGGAAUGGAGGGUGUCUGAAGAAGAAGAAGAAGAAGAAGACAGAAGGUGGCGUUUGCAGUACAGAAAGCCAGGAUUGGGUCGCCCUGUUGAAAAGUUAUAAAAAAUAAUAAUGCAUUAAUACACAAAAGAAAGAUUUAAAAGAAGUCACUUGUUUUAAGAUGCAGCUGAACACUUUUAUUUAGUUUGAAUUAUUGUUGAUUUAUGUUUGUGAGCGGGCUGAGAGACAGUUGGUGGAUUAUUUAAUGUUUGUUUGCUGACGUGUUGAUUCACAUCCAGUUGUACACUUUUGUUUGCUGAUGUUGUUUCUGUUCAGAAUAAAUCCAAAGACUGUUUGUGUUAAAGAUUUAAUAUGAA